AUGCCAGUUGGAGGAGGAAAUUUUGGAGAGCAGAAAUGGAAAGGCUUUUGGAGUGAAGGUGCUGGUGCUGGUCAGUGGUUGCUGACAGGUUCAAGGUUCAAGGUUGAAAUGCAGGUUAGGUUGGGGGGGCAGGAAGGAUGGGAGGAGAAGCUGCUUCCACUUGCUGCUGCUUGCUCAAUGCUCUCUAUUCGUACCUACACCAAGGUCACUACCUACGAACACAUCAAUGGAUACCUAAUCCGUAUUCCGUACUGUGUGUCCAGCUGUGCGUCCCUCGGUCUCCGCAGAGCCAUCAGUGAAGCUUUGCGACUUGCGGCACCUCUUCCCACUUCAUCAUCCACCUCCUGCAGCCAACCCGGUGACACGGCAUCACACGGCAUCAACCUAGGCAUCAACCUAGAUCAAAGCCCGACGAACCGGGGCUACCUUACAGCGACACUAAAGCAGUCUAGCAAUGCUGCAAUGGCAACGGUUCUUGGGGCCUUGCGCGCCUUGCCUUGGUCCUCCAAGUUUGAACUUGGAGACGUGGCAUUCCAUUCCAUUGGUCCCCUGCCUCAUGACGAGUGA